GCCUCCCUCCCACCGCCCCCGGUCUCUCCUCCCCGCCCCGCCGGGUGUCCCUCCGUAGACGGAAGCCGAGGAGGGAUCGAGGGAGCCGGGGAGGUCGGGAGCGGCGCGAUGGGGGACUCCAAAGUGAAGGUGGCGGUGCGCGUCCGCCCCAUGAACCGGCGAGAGCUUGAUCUGCAUACAAAAUGUGUGGUGGAUGUGGAUGCAAACAAGGUUAUUCUUCAUCCUGUAAACACCAACCUUUCAAAAGGAGAUGCCAGUAGGACCCAACCGAAGGUGUUUGCUUACGAUCACUGCUUUUGGUCUAUGGAUGAGUCUGUCAAAGAAAAAUAUGCAGGUCAAGAUGUUGUUUUCAAGUGCCUUGGAGAGAAUAUUCUUCAGAAUGCCUUUGAAGGCUAUAAUGCUUGCAUCUUUGCCUACGGGCAAACUGGGUCUGGAAAAUCAUACACGAUGAUGGGUACUGCUGACCAGCCGGGAUUAAUCCCUAGACUUUGCAGUGGACUCUUUGAAAGAGCACAGAAAGAGGAAAACGAAGAGCAGAGUUUCAAAGUGGAAGUAUCCUACAUGGAGAUAUACAAUGAGAAAGUCAGAGAUCUUCUUGACCCAAAAGGAAGCCGUCAGUCAUUAAAAGUUAGAGAACACAGUGUUUAUGGUCCUUACGUAGAUGGCCUAUCCAAACUAGCUGUUGCUAGCUACAAGGACAUCGAGUCCUUGAUGUCUGAGGGCAACAAAUCUCGAACAGUGGCUGCAACCAACAUGAACGAGGAGAGCAGUCGGUCCCAUGCAGUCUUCAAGAUUAUCCUCACCCACACGCUCUAUGAUGUACAAUCAGGGACGUCGGGUGAGAAGGUGGGCAAGCUGAGUCUGGUGGACUUAGCAGGUAGCGAAAGGGCAACUAAGACCGGUGCUGCAGGAGACAGGCUGAAAGAAGGAAGCAACAUUAACAAAUCCCUCACAACCCUUGGGCUGGUUAUUUCUGCCCUGGCAGAUCAGGCUGCCGGCAAGAACAAGAACAAAUUUGUUCCUUAUCGUGAUUCUGUGCUCACUUGGUUACUUAAAGAUAGCCUUGGUGGUAACAGCAAGACUGCCAUGGUAGCAACAGUGAGCCCAGCAGCAGACAACUAUGAUGAGACCCUUUCAACACUGAGGUACGCAGACCGGGCCAAGAACAUCGUUAACCAUGCGGUGGUGAACGAAGACCCCAAUGCUCGCAUUAUUCGGGAGCUGCGUGAGGAAGUGGAGAAGCUGCGAGAACAGCUCACAAAAGCAGAGGCUAUGAAAUCACCAGAAUUAAAGGAACGAUUGGAGGAAUCAGAAAAGUUGAUUCAGGAAAUGACUGUGACCUGGGAAGAAAAAUUAAGAAAAACUGAGGAGAUAGCACAGGAGCGUCAGAAACAGUUGGAAAGUCUUGGCAUAUCUCUUCAGUCUUCUGGAAUAAAAGUUGGGGAUAACAAGUGCUUCCUGGUUAAUUUGAAUGCAGAUCCAGCUCUCAAUGAACUUCUGGUAUACUAUUUAAAGGAACACACGUUAAUAGGCUCAGACAACUCUCAAGAUAUCCAGCUGUGUGGAAUGGGAAUUCUUCCUGAGCACUGCAUUAUAGACAUCACCCCAGAAGGACAGGUUAUGUUAACACCGCAAAAAAAUACUAGGACGUUCGUAAAUGGCUCUGCUGUCGUGUGUCCCAUCCAGCUGCAUCAUGGAGACAGAAUACUGUGGGGGAACAACCACUUCUUCAGGCUGAAUUUGCCAAAGAAGAAAAAGAAGGCAGAUCAGGAGGACGAAGAGCGAGACAACUCUAUGAAGUGCAGUAACAGUGUUGAGCAGCUGGACAUCGAUGGAGACAAUUCCAGUGAAGUGUCGAGCGAGAUUAACUUCAGUUAUGAGUAUGCCCAGAUGGAAGUCACCAUGAAGGCACUUGGAAGUAACGAUCCCAUGCAGUCCAUCUUGCAAAGCCUGGAGCAGCAGCACGAAGAGGAGAAGAGAUCUGCGCUUGAACGGCAGAGACUGAUGUAUGAACAUGAACUGGAGCAAUUGCGAAGGCGAUUGUCGCCGGAGAAGCAGCAUUUCCGCAGCAUGGACAGGUUCUCCUUUCAUUCUCCCAGCGCUCAGCAGCGCUUACGGCAGUGGGCGGAGGAGAGAGAAGAAAUGUUCACCCACAGCCUGAGAAAGCUGCGAGAGCAGAUUGUUAAAGCCAAUUUGUAUGUGAGAGAAGCCAAUUUUAUCGGAGAGGAACUGGACAAGAGGACGGAGUAUAAAGUUACCCUCCAGAUCCCAGCUUCAAGCCUUAAUGCUAACAGUAAGAGAGGCGCAAUUCUCAGCGAACCUGCUAUUCAGGUGAGAAGGAAAGGGAAAGGCAAACAGAUCUGGUCACUGGAAAAGCUGGAGAAUCGAUUGGUAGAUAUGAGGGAUCUUUACCAGGAGUGGAAAGACUGUGAGGAAGACAACCCAGUGAUGAGAGCUUACUUCAGACGCGCUGAUCCGUUCUACGAUGAGCAGGAAAACCACAGCCUUAUCGGAGUAGCCAAUGUUUUUCUUGAGUGCCUGUUCUAUGAUGUGAAGCUACAAUAUGCUGUUCCAAUCAUCAAUCAGAAGGGAGAGGUAUCAGGUCGUCUCCACGUUGAAGUUGUUCGAGUGAGCGGAGAGAUAGACGACAGGUUGGUUGGAGGCGAGGAUAGUCCAGACUAUUCAAAUGAAAAUGACACUCAGGAGAGAAAACUUGUCUGCAGGAUUAAAAUACUUCAGGCUACAGGUUUGCCACAGCACCUCUCCAACUUUGUGUUCUGCAAAUACACGUUCUGGGAUCAACUGGAGCCAGUUAUUGUUGCACCUGAGGUGGAUCCUUCCUUGUCUUCCAUCAGCAAGGAGCCACGGUGCAUGGUUGUCUUCGAUCACUGCAACGAAGUUUCUGUAAACAUUUCCGAAGACUUCAUGGAACAUCUUUAUGAUGGUGCUUUGGCGAUUGAAGUAUAUGGGCACAAGCAGAGUGGUGACCGCAAAAAUCCAGCCCUGUGGGAUUUGGGAAUAAUUCAAGCCAAAACACGCAGCCUUCGAGACAGGUGGAGUGAAGUAACCCGAAAAGUGGAACUCUGGGUUCAAAUUCUAGAGCUGAAUGAGAAUGGGGAAUACUGCCCAGUUGAGGUGACUCCUGCCAAGGACGUGUGCACGGGGGGCAUCUUCCAGCUCAGACAGGGGCAAUCUCGACGAAUUCAGGUUGAAGUGAGAUCUGUGCAGGAAUCUGGGACCUUGCCACUGAUGGAGGAAUCAAUAUUAUCUAUCGGCAUUGGCUGUGUUCAAAUAAAACAAGUCAAGUCACAAAAAGUACCUGAAAAUUAUCAGGAAGAAGAGGAUGAAAUGGACAGUUAUCAGGAUAGGGAUUUGGAGAGGCUCCGUCGGAAGUGGCUGUGUGCCUUAACGAAGCGUCAGGAGUAUCUUGAUCAGCAAUUGCAAAAACUGGUUGGGAAGCCUGAUAAAACAGAAGAUGAUGCAGAUCGGGAGGCACAGCUUUUAGAGAUGAGGCUAACGCUCACUGAAGAAAGGAAUGCCGUCAUGGUUCCUUCUGCUGGCAGUGGCAUCCCUGGAGCUCCAGCGGAGUGGACUCCUGUGCCUGGUAUGGAAACACACAUUCCUGUUAUUUUCCUUGACUUGAAUGCUGAUGACUUCAGUUCCCAAGAUAACCUCGAUGACCCAGAAGCGGGUGGAUGGGACGCUACUCUUGUUGCAGAAGAGGAGGAGGAGUUCUUUGAACUGCAGAUUGUGAAGCAUCACGAUAGUGAGGUGAAAGCAGAAGCCUCAUGGGAUUCCACAGUCCACGACUGUAUCCAGCUCAGUAAAGGAACCGCAGCAGACGAAAGAGUUUACCUUAUUGUGAGAGCCACCGUCCAGCUCAGCCAUCCCGCAGAAAUGCAAUUAGUGUUACGCAAGCGCAUUUGUGUUAAUGUGUACGGCAGACAGGGUUUUGCACAGAGUUUCCUCCGAAGAAUGUCUCACCGGAGUUCUAUUCCUGGCUGUGGUAUCACUUUUGAGAUAGUCUCAAAUAUUCCAGAGGAUGCCCAAGGAGUUGAAGAGCGGGAGGCACUAGCCAGAAUGGCAGCAAACGUUGAAGAUGCAGCUUCGGCUGACUCUGAAGCUUAUAUUGAGAAGUACUUGCGGAGUGUGAUGGCUGUGGAGAACAUCCUCACCUUGGAUCGUCUGCGCCAGGACGUUGCUGUAAAAGAGCAGGCAAUGGGAAAAGGAAAACUGUGCCGCAGGAGCCUGAGCUCUCCCAACGUGAAUCGGCUUUCUGGAAGCCGCCAAGAUUUAUCACUUCCCUAUAACCUGAGCAGUAACCGGAGUCCAAAGGUCCCAGCAGAGGGCCGAUGGGAGAGUCAGCAAGAUGUAUCCCAAGGGGUCACCAAUUCCAGUAGAGGCAUUAGUCCAUCUCGUACCUCUCUGCCGGGCUCUGGGCAGCAAAACCACUCUCCUGAUCCAGGCAUUGGUAGCCUUGCUGCUUCCUACCUGAAUCCUGUGAAGUCCUUUGUGCCGCAGAUGCCAAAGCUGCUGAAGUCUCUCUUUCCUGUCAGAGAUGAGAAGAAGGGCAGGCAGACCUCUCCUCUUGCACAGCAGGCUGUCCCGCGAAUUAUGGUUCAGUCUGCCAGUAUUGAUGCCAGUGCUGCAAAGAUAAAACAGAUUAAUCAAGAGGAAGUAGGGAAACAGCCAUUCGAAACUGCGGUGCAGACAUCUGAGGUGGACAGGAGUCCGGAAAAGACCCCUGAAGUGCCUUUGCAGCAGCACACAGGAGACACGCAGGCGCAGGACUCCCAGGAAGGACCUCCGAGUCCUCUGAGUGAAGCCUCCAGUGGGUAUUUCUCUCACAGCGUCUCCACAGCCACCCUCUCUGAAGCCCUUGCAGUGGGAAGUGAUGCUGUAGCUCAACCAGGAGGUCAAAUGCCUGCAGUGAGUGACUUCCCAGCUCCCGCUGUGGCUCAGGUCUCUUCUUCUGACAUGCCAGGGCACUCGGACAGCUCUUCAGACAGCUGUCUCAGUACCAAGAGAGAGAGUCUGCCCGCCUUCAGCCUUCAAAGCGCUCACGCAAGACCUAAAAACAGCACUGAAGUGAAUGGAAAUGACGCUUUGAAAUCAAAAUCUUGCACAUCUCCCGUGACUCAAAGUGAGCAGGCGGACAAUGCCUCUGUGGCCACUGAUGCAAAAAUCUCUCUUUCUACCUCCGCUCCAAAGAAGGAGUUGUUAUCCACACAAUCUGUGGAGUCAGCAGGACAACCUAGGGAAAAAGAAAUGGCUUCUGGGACUUCAGAACUGGGGUUUCCCAAACCACAGAUUCAUCCCGACCAAUUGUCCCAGCUCGGUGUUGCAGCCCCCCCCUUCAAAAUCCAGAAAGUCAAGACGUCAGAGCUGAAGUCCUUCACAAGCAUGCUGGGGACAGAUCCCAUGUGUUCGCUAAACACUGAAGAGCAGCAAGAAGGAGAAAAGAGCACAUCCACCGCCCGUGGACUGAACCAUAAUGGAUCAGAGUUGGCAGAAGAAAAACUGGAGGUGACUUCUGACUCCGAAGAUGCCAAUGAAAUUCCUGAGUGGCUGAAAGAGGGAGAAUAUGUCACAGUUGGCGCAAAUAAGACUGGCACCGUUAGAUAUAUUGGGCCCACAGACUUUCAAGAAGGAACAUGGGUUGGUGUCGAGCUGGAUUUACCUUCAGGUAAGAACGAUGGGUCGAUUGGAGGGAAGCAGUAUUUCAGAUGCAACCCGGGCUACGGAUUGCUGGUGAAACCGGGCAGAGUUAAGAAGGCCACGGGACCAGCGCGACGGCGGAGCGCCGGGUUAAGGUUGCAAGGAGGUGCCGCCGCUGAGAACAGGAGGAGCGGCAACUUCUCCGGCUCAGCCUCCAACCUGGCUUCCCUCACAGCCCUGGUGAAAUCAGAAGGAGGAUCCACGCUACGACCGGAGAAGAGCCAGAAAAACGCGGAGAACAGGAAAUCCUGGGCAAACUGAGACAGCCCUUACCCACCGCAGCAAACGCCGCCCAACGCAGCCAGGGGAGCAGGUCUUCUACCUUCGGGAAGCUAUACCAACCACGGGAACUUCUACUUUGUGGCAAACACUAAUGAAGGGGGUUUCUUCUCUGCUUUGGGUGAUUGACACGUUAAUUCUUUGCCUUGUCACGGUGCUGGAUCUACGUCCUUCGUUUCCUGUUACAAAUUGUGACGCUUCAGGGUAUGACUGAUGGCAGCCGGCGAAAGCUCGUGGCGGUGGGUGGGUGUAAGCUCUGCUCUCUUCCAGCUUUCGGAGAAGGGAGAGACGCGUAAAUUGUUCAAAUUAUGGCAUGGCUUUCCGAUAGCUACAAAAUACUACCCACGCACCGCUGCUUCUCUCGGUGUGACCCGCAAGUCUUAAAAAAAACCCUCCCCGAAAUAACAGUUCUUUUCGGAUUUCCUAAGAGCUGUGUCCGUAUCGCGUAACACAUGGUGAAAGGGCAAGGUUAUAAUGAUUCCAGACAGGCGGAGAAGCCAACGUAAAACUUUAUUUGGAAAUAAAGAACCCCCAAACCCACUUUAUUUAAAAAAUAAACAGAACCAGUGCUGUCCUGUUGUCCCUCUCUCCUCCUGUGGAAGUCAGCACAGUCUUUCUAGCUGAUUUGUUGGGAAGAGGAGGAGGCCCAUGACCCGCUCUGGAAUAAUUUUGAUCCCUUUUUUUUUCAGGAAAGGGAGGAGUUGAGUGAAUUUGCUGUCUGUGAUCUAUUUAACGUGCGCUCUCACCAUGGCAGGAUCCCCUCUCUCACUUGCCCCAUAGUGGCAGGGCUUUCUUCUGCCCUCUGGGCCCGGGGGGUUUUGCAGAGAGAUCAGCGCUUGCGUGCCGCGCUGUUCCCACACGGCCUUGGGAGACACUGGGAUUUUUACCAGCUAUGCAAAGCAGAGGGUCGCUGCCCUUGUAACGGGGUUAAUCCAGUCUAUUUAUUUUUAUUUAUUAUUUUAAAAUAUGAAAUGUUUGCGCUUUACAAUCAUCCACCGCCUGACGUUGCACAGGGGAGCUCCGCUAGCACCAUCCCGAGCGUCCAUCCAAAGAGGAGGUGCCUCCGUCGCCGGCUAAACCGUCCCAGGGAAAGCGAACCCGGCCGAAGAGUCAUCCCCCAAACUGAUCUCUCCCUUGAAAAGUGGGAGGUUCGGGCUGGCUUUUCGAAAACUUGAUUUUAUUUUUGGUAACCCUGGCUAGUUUUUAACCGCCUGUGGCACAAAUGAUACUGUAGGGGUGUGUGUCCGUAGGCGUGCGCGUGUCGACGUGCGCACACUCAUUUCCUAACAAAUCAAGAAAGGCCACGGACUUUUAUACUCUGAGCUGUUUGUAUCUUGUUUAGUCAUCACGGGGGGGCGUUGGCCAGCUUGAGCAAUAGACGGUUUAUCUACGUGGGGAAUAUUUGGGAUGCUAAAUUAACGAUGAAACUUUAAUACGUAUCUAGUCGCCGCUGCCCGUGCUGCACGUGGGUAUCGAAGUGCCUUAGCCAUCUGGUUCAGAGGUCCAAGGGAAAGAUACAUUGUCGUCAAAGGAGAGAGGGAUGCUUAGCGAAGGAGAUAAUUAUGCUGAUUUACUGUAAUUAAUAUCAUUUAUGCAGAAGGACUAAAAUUAAAAUAGAAACUAAUCUGUAGCAGAAAUAAGUGGGAUGGGUUACCAGGCAGCAUGCAUAGUACUGCCAGGGAUUCGUGUAUCCUUUCGGCUUUGUGUAACUACUUCCAGUGUUUCCUACAUUUUCUUAAACAAAUCUUAAUAUAAAAUGUACAGACCAGCUUUUAAAGGUAUUUUUAGUGUACAGUUUUUCCUCCUUUUCCUUUGCACGAAGCUCCUGUCCUUUCAAGCCAAGACGAUGGGAGAAAUUCGGUAAUAAAGAAUUCAGACGCGAAAAUCCUGGGUUUUAAAAUUGUAACUGGUUCUAUAGACGCGACUCGUGCAAGAAAGCGACGUUUCGUUUUGGAGUGUGACGAGUCUUGCCGAUGAAAGACCCGCUAAUUAACAUGAUGCCUCUCAAACCGCCUUGUAAGUUUUCUAAAAUCCGUUUUUACCAUUUUUUUUUUUUCUAAUUGCACUUUGUUCUGCUGCGCUGCAGAAAGUCAGCUGGUGUGAAACAGCCCCCUGACCGCUCCUUGGGGUUGUCAGUCUCAGCAUUUCACUUACCGGAUUUAGGGAGAUCUUUAAAACUUCUUGCUGUUUGCUCGGUGGCCCCUUUUGGGGGAGACGUGAAGGGAAGAACCUGCCCAAGUCCUUUUGGAGCCUCUUCUCUCGCACCGCUGUCUCUGAAAGCUGGAAUUCUGCGGGACCAAUGUAAAGGGAGCAAAGUCGCGGGAGUGAACGGGUCAAGCAGAAGCGGUUGGGUUUGUGGUUCCCUAUUUGUUCUACCCACUGUAAACUCCUCUGGCCGGAUUUGUACUGCAGCUCUGCCCGCGUGAGGAUGCAUUUUGGUGUUUGCCCGUCUGGAGCAGGCGGUCGGAGGCUGCAGCCGACCGAUACGGGGUGAAUUUCCCCUUCCACCCGCCCUCCGUCCUCUUCCGAAGCCGCGCCGUGCCUGUUCAGAGGGGUGUGAAACGCCGGUUGAAGAGAACGUACUCCCUGCCUCCUCUAGGACAAACUGUCCUGGAAGCAAACGUCUUCAAUACGGCUGGUGUGGUUUGAAACAUCAGGGGAUGGUGAGCGUGACGAAGCGGCUCCGUUCUCGGCGCGCCUGGUGGACUUCGGUGGCGGGAGGAUUUUACUCGUAGCUCUCUUGGGUUUUACCAUCUCGUUUGACUUUUGAAACUGAACCUCUCCUCCGAUCCCACCCUGACACCCGCCCCAAAAAUGAAGCCGCCCCAACCGCAUCGCCCGGGUUGUAGCGUGAGCUCUGGAAAGCUAAACGAACCCAACCGGGCCGUGAGGACGUUCCUAGGGGACUGCAACUCCCGCCCGCUCAGCCCGGCUUUCCUGGCCACGGGGGGGGUUCUUCUAAAGAGAUUUUCCAAGAUUUUAGCCCAGUGAGUGCACAUCCCUCUCCUCAAAGCCAUCUGUUACUCUGCACCAGCUAAGCCAACUAACCAGAAAACCGUUUAAAAUCAUAAUUAAGGUAAAUAUAUAUAUAUUUUUUUUUAAUUGAUAAUAUUAGAAGAACUCUACGCUCAGCGUAAAGGAGGAGGUGCUCUUAACUGGAACCGCCCAGCAACUCAGGCUGGCGCACUAGUAGCUAUGCAUAUUUUCCAAGAUUUUCAUGCACUUUAUCCAGGGAAGAAGAAUAUUUAUGGCAGGAACUGUAACGUGUGGCGAGUGUCUCCUCUCCUGCGGCUGCUCGGUGGGACGAGCUCGCUUUCCGUACCCUCGAACCGUGGCUGGGUCUCGGAUUCUGGGGGUAGAAGAAUUGUGUUGGUGGGUAGGAAACCUUCGCGUCCGACCCCGUGUCCACAGCUCCCGACCUCCGCAUGGGAUGUGGGACUCUGAGCCCUGCGGUCCUUCGCUCCGAGCCAGACGAGAGGAUGAUAUUUUUUGGAGGGACUAUUUGGGGUUUUCUCAAACCAAACCAAGCCAAGCCUUUUUUUUUUCUCUGACGUUCAGCUCUCUCGCGGUGUUUGAUCUCUAUGUCCAAAAUAACACCUUUUCAGCCCGAGCGCCUUGGCUCUUUCCUGUUUAACGAUGUAGUUUAGUUGAGGGAAGCUGAUAAGAGUGGAGUUCUGCGUGGGAUCCUGCCCAAGCCCUUAAGGCGAGAGCUGAGGUGGAAGCUCCCCGCUGCUGGAUGGGCAACACCUCUUUGCCCUCCUACGAACCAAGAAACCCGCCUCGUUCCUCUCUUUUGGUGAUGAAAACCUGUGCGAAACGAGCUUGGGUGUUGGACGGACCCGUUUGUGCCGUGGUGGAGCUGUUGAGGAGUCUUUUCUGUGCUGGUGCUUGUGUUGUCCUUACACUGGUACUGCCAGGUCUUUGCACAAGAAGUUCCGUUUCCGCGGUGCCUUAUCCCUGGGGCAGCGGCUGACGGAGCCGGGGCUGGAUCUCGCCCCGGCCUCUGGAAUGCCCGGCUCGUAGGAAAGGGAGAAGUAAAGGUGCAGACUGCUCACACUACAAAACACUCGAGAGCUGGGGGUCACCAGUAAGUGUCUUGUUCCUAGAUCUCCUUUAUCCAUAUUUGCUUUGGUUCCUGCGCUCUCCGACCUCUUCCCAAACCCCCCGUUGUGUUUUCCACCCCCGAGGGAUCUCGGCUGCUGCUCUUGGCCGGGCUGGGAUGGGUUCAGUGGUGGCGGAGCCUCCUGGCACAGCCCGGCUCGGCCUGGUCCUGCCGCCGGCACCCCAACGCCGCGGCGGAGAGAGAACGGGGAUGUGGCGUGGGGCUGCUGAGAUCCCGGGAGAGGGAGGAGAAGCCUGGCGCCGGGCGGGAGGGAUGCCUUAAAAGACAUUUCCCCUUCAGCGGCCUGACCCGCUCAAGAGGAGCGGUGCUUUUGUUCGGCAGGGGAAGGCGGCCGCUCUCCCCCUCGCUUUCCCCUGCCAAACCCAUUUUGAAGCCGAUGGCGGAGCCGCGCUCCGAGCAACAACCGGCGGGGUGUGAACCGGCGCCUUCCCGCCUCCCUCGAGACGUCCUUGUCCCCGGUGUCGCUCCCCCCCUGGCACGUCCCCGGCAUCCUCAGGGCAGCCGACAACUCUUCCACCGCUGCCGACCUCCGCCGUGUCCCGGGAGAGCCCUUCCCAGCUCCUCCCUCCGUUGGUUCCUGUAGAUGUAGUGGGUCUGUAUAUAAAGAGCGGCUGCCGGCACCGGGGGACUGCGCGUCCGUCGGUGUACUUUAAAUGAGCUAAAAUCCAAAGAUACUUUGUAAUGAGCUGUAAAGUUUUUAAUUAUUUCUGUACAAUACUAAAUGACUGUAAUAUUGUAUUAUAGAUGCAAUGCAGCCUGCAGUACCUAAAUAAACGUCGUCGUUAGA